AUGUCUUCUUCCCUGAGGUGUACAAAGGAAGUUUUGCAGCAGGUCAACCAGUUCUGGUCGAUGUUAGACGACCUGUCACAGAAUUACCCCCAAAGCUACCAGAUGUUUAUCGAGAAACAGAUUAAACAGGGAGCUGAUUGUAAUGCACCACCUUAGCCUGACUCCUGCCUACUCACUGAAAUGCUGGUACCACAAAUUACCUGCUUUCUAUGAGCAGCUACACCCACACUGUAGUGUUUCUAGAUUCAAAACACACAAACUUAGAACACUGGCCUACAUAGAAAUUACAUAACUAAGUGUGAUGGUAAGAGAAUACUGUUCAUUUGUUUGCAGUGCACGUUUGACCUUGCACCGCUGGCUAAUAAUAUGGAAGUGUGAACUAUAAAGAGGCUGAACAGUUGUUUUAUUGUUUGUGUCAGGAGCCAAAGAAAGGGUUGCUGUACAUCAAUGUGUGUGUGGCUGGAAGCGCGUCCCUGCCCCUGCUGAUGAGAACAAGCCUGUGCCUGUGUGUGGAGGGAGACUGGAGACAGACACUGAUGAAGGAGGAAGUACCAAGAGUCACUGUUGUCCUGCAGCACACAAACCUGUAUUUCUGCAUAAUUACCUGGAUUGUAACCUGUUUUAAAAGAUGUGCAGGCAAAAAAAGUGAACAUUGUGACAGCUGACUUUCUUAUACUAUUUUUAAUGGUUUUGAUGCCAAUGUUAUCUAACACUGUUUGAACUAAAAAGGUGUUUCAUUGCAGUUUUUCAGUACUACAACUUCCCUGUACUUAGACGACUACAGUGUGGUGGAUGUGGCGUUCAGCCCUGCGGUGCUGCAGCAGGCUCAGCAGGACAAGAGGGAGAAGGACCAGGUCCACCUGUUAGCCCUGAGCUUCACCCAGCAGCAGUAUGGCCUGCGUCUGGCCCAGCAGCAGUAAGCUAAAGGGCAGCCUAGAGGACAUGCAGUACCGCCUGAGUUCUCUAAAACAGUCCAGCACCGCCACCAACACAGGUAUAGCCUCUAUGUAAUUAUUCCCUGGUUCAAGGGGACAGUUAUUUUUUAUCAAGGUGAUAAAAAUAAAGGAGAGAUUAUUUAAUCAAAAUGUAUUGAGCAAUACCUACUAACUACUUAGUAUCUUCAAGAUUUUUUAAAGGUGUACUGUAGCUAAAGAUUAAUGUUUUUACCUUCAAUUGACAUUCAUUUCCCAGCCUCCCAGACCCCAGCUUCCCUGCUCCAGCAGAUCUCCUCUCUGUGUGAAGGGCAGACUGAGGACAGUACACCUCUGCAGUUCAUCACAUCUGUCUAGCUAACACCUGGGCCAGUGGACCAAAGCAACAAGACCAAUAACCUGAUCCGGGUGAUCUCCAGCUCAGUGGCCGCUGACCCCAGGGACCUCUCUUGGAGCCUGGAACUGACUGUGGAGCUACCAAAUGUUCAGUCCAUCACAGAGUGCCAUCUCAACAUUUCCCAGGUCAGGGACCACUCUGCUUCCCCUUUCCCUUGUGCUAUGAAUAAGGCCCUGUGACAGAUUAACACAAAUUCUGUCUGUCUUGCUUAAACACUUCCUAUGUUGACAUAAUAGCCUAUGUUACAUUGUAAGUGAUCCUUUCUGUGGUCUUCUGGGUCUAAUAGUCUGUGUGUAUUUCUCUGUAGGAUUAUGUACUACUAGAAGUGGAGGAUAUGUACCAUCUACACCUGGAGCUGCCUGAGACUGUGAAUGAGGAGUCGGCCUCUGCCACGUUCAACAAGAAGAAACGGACAUUAACUUGCAAGUGUCUAUACUCUAGUGCCGGUACUGCCGACACUAAAAGCACACAAGUUAAUUCAAAGACAAACAAAAAAAAAAACACUGUGUCUGUUCUGGCAAGACACACUUACACCCAGUAGGUAAUUUGUCUCUCUGAAGAGACUCGGACUUUGGAAAUAUAAGAAGGCCAUUAGAGAAGGUAGUAACUUCAGUUACCUCAAAGCAAAUGGACCAAAAUAAAUGUCAUUUCUGCUAUGCAUCCUACAAGCUGUGCGUCUGAACCUUUGUAGUAGUAAACAGUACCUCAGUAAAGACAUUCACAGCAACAUUAAUGACUCAAGUGGAGUUAUAGUCCUCCAUGAUCAUGAGUUACAUUAACUGCAUGUCUAGGAAAUAAUUCACAAAUAGUAAAUAUUCAUGCAGUAAUCCAUGUUUAUUAAAACUUUAAAAUUGUAUUGUGAACAACUUCAUUCAUAUUUGGCAACUACAACUUGUACUUCAAACAGUUACUGUAAGUAAAAUGUCCAUAGGAAAGAGCCAUUUUUGAAAGUAUGGUUUUAUCUCGAAACAGUAAUAAAUAGAUUGAUCCCAAUUGUUAUAAUAACUACCUCUGCAGGGCUGCUGAGAAUACUGAGAGGGUGUUAUGGCAUCAUAGUCCAGUGGUCACAGUUUGAGGCUGGUGGUUCCCUCUAUGGUUGGUUGGUUCCCAGUUCUACCGUCUCUCUCCAUGGUCCUCCUCCACCCAGGCCACUAUCUUCCCCUCCCAGCCAGGCACCAGGGCUCCAUCCUGGAACACCUGAGAACACCAAUCAGAACCAGACAUGCAUGCUCUUAUAAUAUAAACUAUGACAUAUACAGGGACAGACAGUCUCUGAACACAUACACUACAUGACCAAAAGUAUGUGCACACCUGCUCGUCAAACAUCUCAUUCCAAAAUCAUGGGCAUUAAUAUGGAGUUGGUCCCCCCUUUGCUUCUAUAACAGCCUCCACUCUUCUGGGAAGGCUUUCCACUAGAUGUUGGAACAUUGCUGCGGGGACUUGCUUCCAUUCAGCCACAAGAGCAUUAGUGAGGUCGGGCACUGAUGUUGGGCGAUUAGGCGUGGCUCGCAGUCGGCGUUCCAAGUCAUCCCAAAGGUGUUCGAUGGGGUUGAGGGUCAGAGCUCUGUGCAGGCCAGUCAAGUUCUUCCACACCGAUCUCGACAAACCAUUUCUAUAUGGACCUCGCUUUGUGCACGGGGUCAUUGUCAUGCUGAAACAGGAAAGGGUCUUCCCCAAACUGUUGCCACAAAGUUGGAAGCACAGAAUCGUCUAGAAUGUCAUUGUAUGCUGUAGCGUUAAGAUUUCAAUUCACUGGAACUAAGAGGCCUAGCCUGAAACAUUAUUCCUCCUCCAACAAACUUUACAGUUGGCACUAUGCAUUCGACAAGUAGCGUUCUCCUGGCAUCCGCCAAACCCAAAUUCGUCCGUCAGACUGCCAGAUGGUGAAGCGUGAUUCAUCACUCCAGAGAACGCGUUUCCACUGCUCCAGAGUCGAAUGGCGGCGAGCUUUACACCACUCCAGCUGACACUUGGCAUUGUGCGUGGUGAUCUUAGGCUUGUGUGCGGUUACUCGGCCAUGGAAACCCAUUUUAUGAAGCUCCCGACAAACAGUUAUUGUGCUGAGGUUGCUUCCAGAGGCAGUUUGGAACUCGGUAGUGAGUGUUGCAACCAAGGACAGAUGAUUUUUACACGCUUCAGCACUCGGUGGUCCCGUUCUGUGAGCUUGUGUUGCCUACCACUUCGCGGCUGAGCCGCACUUACAUAACAGCACUUACAGUUGACUGAGGCAGCUCUAGCAGGGCAGAAAUUUGACCAACUGACUUGUUGGAAAGGUGGCAUCCUAUGACGGUGCCACGUUGAAAGUCACUAAGCUCUUCAGUAAGGCCAUUCUACUGCCAAUGUUUGUCUAUGGAGAUUGCAUGGUUGUGUGCUCGAUUUUACACAGCUGUCAGCAACGGGUGUGGCUAAAAUAGCCGAAUCCACUAGUUUGAAGGGAUGUCCAUAUACUUUUGUAUAUAAAGUUUAUAAACCUUUAUAGAGAAUCCUCAUCUCUAUGAUUUUAAAAUAGUUACUGGGUUUUGGAACUAUUGCCAAUUCCAAGUGUUUCAUUAUUUCAUUUUGGUCAUUCAGUCAUUUCCCCCUCAGUGGUAACAGUUAACCCUAUCCAAAUGUAAACCCAAAGCUGUAAUCCAAAACAUGCCUACCUCCUCCUUCACAGUCCCAAACUCUGGGUCGAGGGCUUUGAAGUGGUACCUGAAGCUGCCCUGGCGGUCCACCGCUGCCUUGAAGUCUCUCAGAGUCACCUCCCCCAGCCUAACAGCACAGCACAGUCUCACUGUCAGAUGGCAUCAUGGUACACUGAUCUGUGCAGAGACACAGACAUGCACAUUCCCUCACAAUGCUACAGCACAUAGACACACCACACACACACCAAUGAUACACAUGCAUGCAUUCAAUAGCCUAACAAUGUACACAUGUACUAACACAUACAUUCCAUCCACAACUUACAGGCAGCACGCAACCAUACAACACAAAGAUACACAUGCAAUGGACAUCAUCAAGAUCCAAAGAGGGAUUCUGGAUUUGUACCUUUUGGAGAUGUUGACCAGGAAAGGAGUGAGUGAGCGAUCAGUGAAGUAGAGCACUUUAGUGGAGACUGUGGAGUCCAGGCCAGGGCUACUGUGAGAGUGAGCUAUUUCUGAAAACAAAUAAAAACAUAUACACUACCAGUCAAAAGUUUUAGAACACCUACUCAUUCAAGGGUUUUUCUUUAUUUUUACUAUUUUCUACAUUGUAGAAUAAUAGUGAAGACAUCAAAACUAUGAAAUAACACAUAUGGAAUCAUGUAAUAACCAAAAAAGUGUUAGAUAAAUUCAAAUAUAUUUUAUAUUUGAGAUUCCUCAAAAUAGCCACCCUUUGCCUUGAUGACAGCUUUGCACACUCUUUGCAUUCUCUAAACCAGCUUCACCUGGAAUGCUUUUCCAACAGUCUUGAAGGAGUUCCCACAUAUGCUGAGCACUUGUUAGCUGCUUUUCCUUCACUCUAUGGUCCGACUCAUCCCAAACCAUCUCAAUUUGGUUGAGGUCGGGGGAUUGUGGAAGCCAGGUCAUCUGAUGCAGCACUCCAUCACUCUCCUUCUUGAUAAAAUAGCCCUUACACAGCCUGGAGGUGUGUUGGGUCAUUGUCCUGUUGAAAAACAAAUGAUAGUCCCAGUAAGCCCAACCAGAUGGGAUGGCGUAUCGCUGUAGAAUGCUGUGGUAGCCAUGCUGGUUACGUGUGCCUUGAAUUCUAAAUAAAUCACAGACAGUGUCACCAGCAAAGCACCCCCACACCAUAACACCUCCUCCUCCAUGCUUUACGGUGGGAAAUACACAUGCGGAGAUCAUCCGUUCACCCACACCGUGUCUCACAAAGACACAGCGGUUGGAACAAAAAUCUCCAAUUUGGACAAAUUUCCACCGGUCUAAUGUCCAUUGCUCGUGUUUCUUGGCCCAAGCAAGUCUCUUCUUCUUAUUGGUGUCCUGUAGUAGUGGUUUUUUUGUAGCAAUUCGACCAUGAAGGCCUGAUUCACACAGUCUCCUCUGAACAGUUGAUGUUGAGAUGUGUCUGUUACUUGAACUUAAUUAAUUAACUUUUAAGAAGGCACACCUGUUAAUUUAAAUGCAUUCCAGGUGACUACCUCAUGAAGGUGGUUGAGAGAAUCCCAAGAGUGUGCAAAGCUGUCAUCAAGGCAAGGGUGGCUAUUUGAAGAAUCUCAAAUAUAUUUUUAUCUGUUUAACACUUUUUUGGUUACUACAUGAUUCCAUGUGUUAUUUCAUGGUUUUGAUGUCUUCACUAUUCUACAUUGUAGAAAAUAGUAAAAAUAAAGAAAAACCCUUGAAUGAGUAGGGGUUCUAAAGCUUUUGACCGGUAGUAUAGGUUCGCUUACUGGCUACAGCUUAAAGAUAGGAUUGAUUGAUUGAUUUUAUUUGCCAAUUAAAAAACAUAUACACACCAUACAUACAUAAAGAUUACAAAUUAACAUGCCAGGGAUAUCACAAGAAAGUCAGACAUUUCCAUGGUGCUAAAACAUUACAUUACAUAGAUAGAGACAUGAAAAAUGUUGAUCAUUAGCCAGCUUUUGACAUUCUUUUUAAAUGAAGUUAUGGUUUUGAUUUGAUUUAUUAGGAUCCCCCAUUAGCCGACACCAAAGGCGACAGUUAGUCUUACUGGGGUCCGACACAUAACGAAAAAGACAUUACAGACAAAAUACUUUACAAUUUGCAUACAUUCAAAACAUGAACAUGUAGUGUGUGUGCAUCUAUCAGUUACACAUACAGUACAUGUCAGUACAUACACACAACAAGUAGGUCACAUUGGAAGAGGAGUUGUGCCGUGAAGUGUUGCUUUAUUAAUUUUUUGAAACCAGGUUUGCUGUUUACUUGCACUAUAUAAGAUGGAAGGGAGUUCCAUGCACUCAUGGCUCUGUAUAAUACUGUACGUUUCCUUGAAUUUGUUCUGGACCUGGGGACUGUGAAAACCCUGGUGGCAUGUCUGGUGGGGUAAGUGUGUGUGUCAGUGCUGUGUGUAAGUUGACUAUGUAAACAAUUUGGAAUUUCCAACACAUUCAUGUUUCUUACAACAAGAAGUGACGCAGUCAGUCUUUCCUCAACUCUUAGCCAAGAGAGACUGGCAUGCAUAGUAUUAAUAUUAUCCCUCUGAUUACAAUGAAGAGCAAGACGUGCCGCUCUGUUCUGGGCCAGCUGCAGCUUAACUAGGUCUUUCUUUGCAGCCCUUGACCAUAUGACUAGACAAUAAUCAAGAUAAGAUAAAACUAGAGCCUGCAGGAUUUGCUUUGUGGAGUGUGGGGUCAAAAAAGCAGAGCAUCUCUUUAUUACGGUCAGACCUCUCCCCAUCCAUUGAAUCUAUAUUUUUUCGACCAUGACGGUUUACAAUCUAAGGUAACACCAAGUAAUUUAGUCUCCUCAACUAUGGUCACCAUGGCUUUGAGUUUAUGUGGUAGUUUGUUCCACUCAACAGCGUCGGUAUAUAAAAAGGUGUUCUUACCAGAUAGACGCUUACAUUUAAAACAGGCAAUAUCAGAGUCUAUUGCUCUGGUGUUGUAUUGGUAGACAUCUCUAAUAUAAGUCAAAUCAUUUGAUAGGUACCUGAGGGCUAAGUCUUUAAUAAUUAUGUGGACCAGACCAAGUUGGAUUAAUAUUACCCUUUUCUCUACAGAUAGCCACCCUAGCUAAUUAAAAUGCUCAAUACCUCCUAACAUGUGCUCAAUGUAAUUUAAUUACACAAUUAUAUAAAGUUGCAUGAAGAGAAUUAGCAAGGUUGUUGAGAACGGCAAAACAAACAGUUUAUCUUACUUGAGCUGGGUGGCCAUGAGUCCCUGUCUGUGGGGUUGGCUCUUCGUCCUGGUGACUUGUACUGACCCUACAAGAAGACAGAGUCACAGUUACUAAGAUAAAUGCCAAUUCAGUCAGUCACGAUGUGCACACGAUAAACACAUGAUUAUCACAUCAGGUGCAUAAUUUAACGCUAACAGCAUUCACACAGCACCCACCUCUGUGGUCCUCUGUGUAUAUUGCUGUGUGUGUGUGUGUGUGUGUGUGUGUGUAUGUGUGUGUAUGUGUGUGUGUGUAUGUACCCCUCUGUCCUGCUGCCUGCGGCGUGGGUCGAGUGUGUGUAGACGGUCCAUGAGACUGGCCACCCCUUGCUCCAGUGUGUCCAGGGUGUGAUGCUGAGGGUCGUGACCUGAGAAGCCAUCCCUCAGACUACGCAGGGCCUCCCUCACCAGCUGCAGUUCCUCCCCCUGCUAACAUACACACACAUUAUGACAUAAACCACUAGAACUGGUGGCCAGGCAAAUUUGAAGGUUGUUGAUCAUUUGGCCAUGGCCUUUAAUCUCCAUUAGGUCUCUAGCUCUAGAAAAAGCUAUAAUGACGACAUGAAACAUAUCUAAAACACACAUUUAAUCAAUCACACACUCCCUCCCACCAACAUGUAAACACAUGUAGGAAAUGUACAUAGGUGUACAUGACUCACCGCUGUGUGUUGUAAGGCCGGACCAGGGGGUGGGCCCACAGAGUUACUGAACCCACUCUUUUCACUCCUAAAUGACUGAAGAAAAACAGAUAUAAUAUAUCUUACCAACUUUUCAAUCUACAACAAAUACAUGUCAUUUACUGUAAGUGUAGUGGAAGCAGUUUGAUUAUGGUACCAUACCCUGUGGCUUCCUUCAGUAGAGUUGUGGCGAGCAUCGUCCAGUUUCAAUUGCUGUUGCUGAAGUAGUCUAUCCUUUUUUCCAAGUUGCUGCUGGUUUUAUAGACAUAUCACUGUGAUAUCUGUGAUACUUUGAUACGUUUCAACUACAUAAUCAUAUCCAAAUGUUAAAGUGUGUUGAAAUGGUGAAAAUGCACAUAUUUUCUUAUCUUACCUCAUAUUCACUGAGCAGUUUGUUCCGAUCGCUCAACUUCCGUUUGAGCUCUGCCUACAAAUGUACAAAUAUAUACUUAUAUUUGUAAUGUGGAUGAACAAAACACUUUGUGAAUAUUUGAAUACAUAAAUAGAUAGAGCCAUUGAAUAAAAAGGUCAAAUAUUCGUUCUAAAUGUCAACGUCUGUAUUAUCAUAUCAUUUGACUCACGUUCUCCCCCUCCAGUUGCUCUUUGUCCAUACUGCACCUCAGUAGCUCCUGCUUCAGCUGCAGCACUGCAGCCUCCUGUACAGACAUACGCUGCUGAAGAGCAUCCUAAUGAGGAAAGGCAGAUCAAAGACAAUGCUAGAGAGGCCUGUUUGGAUACCAAAGAGUAAGGACCCACUAAUAUGGAUCCUUAUAAAGCCUAAAACAGAGCACACAACUCUUCUGUAAAGGAACACUGGAGGCUAAAAGGUGCUGCUUCUCUACCCAGAGCUGGCAUGAGAACUGAAUAAAUGCCACUAAUCCAUGUAUAAGUAAUGAUCCAAACAAACUUAAGAGGGUUUGACUGCAGGUCUUACCUUAAUGGCCUGAAGGUGGCGUGCCUCCUGCUUGUGCCUCAGAAGCUCCCUCUGAGAGUACAGAAAGACAGACAGACUCAGAGACAUUUCAUUAGGAGGGGGAGGUCUUUGAUCUUAUGGCAGCUCAUCCACAUUAAGCCCAAUUAAUUUUACUUACUGUACCUUCAGAUCAAGAGCCUCCUCCAUGCUUUGGUCCAGACGACUGCGGAUUAGAACCUUCAAAGCGAUGGGAUGAGCGGCAAUAUGAGAGAAUAGAGAAAUGUCAGCGCUUAUAAAGAGACAGUGGCCUUGCAUGAAAACAGGCUAAGCAGAUAACAUAUACUCAUUCACGCUUCUACAGUAUCUGCGUCUUUGCUGGACUCUAGAGUGACAGUAAAAACAUUAUAGCAUGCCAGGGUCUGACACCGCUACAUCACAGUGGGUGGCUGAACAUGCCGUAUUAUGUACAGAGAGGAUGGGGGCGGACACAGUACCAGCUGCUGCUCAGAGUUAGCUCUGCUAUCCCCGAAGCCCAUGGAGACGUCCUGCUCGUCCUCAGGGAGAGAGCCGUGCAGCAGUAGAGCCUGGAGAGAAGAGAGUGAUAGACACAUACUGUACACAUAAGAUAAAGCCUACACACCCAGAAUACAUUUCACAGUAUAAACACACACCAGAGAGAAAGAAAGCCUGUCGACCACAACACAUGCAUGCAUAAAAACAUGUCAGACACACACACACCGAUAUGGACGUACGGCCUCUCCUACACCAGAAGGCUGCCAACCUGAACUGGACAGUGAACAUAGAGCAAAUGCUUGGCUUGGACAUGUGCAGGACCCUUUUAUGUGAUCAUCCUCAGUUGGGCAGGGUGGGGUAGAGGUUGGGGGGGGUUUAUACCUGACAGGAUAGAUUAGAUCGUGCUAGAUUAAGAGCACUCAGCUCCUUGAUACCAGAUAAAGCUUGAAUGAUCACAAUCUCAUUGUAUACUUACCUUAGCUGGAGCCUUGGAGGGAUACAUCUUAAACAUACUAAACAUAAGUUUAGUUUUUCUUUCUAUUAGUUCUAACAUUUUCAUUUGAAAUCAGUUUAGUUUCAGUUAGUUUUCAGUUCCACUUUACUCAUUUUUGUUUAAUUUAAGUUUCAUAAAAACAUUUCUAUUUCGUUCUUAUAUAAUUUAGUUUUAGUGUUACGGACAGAAAGAAGCCUAUGCGUGGGAGGCUAGGAGCCAUUUCUGUGUUGUUUAGUGUUUGGGGUUUUUGGGAGGUCACUUCUUGCCACUGUGGGGCAGUAAUGCAUAAGGAGAUGGGUCAGGUUAUAGGUUAGGUUAGGUUUAAAGGUAGACUCAGAUGACGUAGAUGCACCAAGUAAGCAGUAGUAGUGGGUCAAUUUCCGCAACAACCAGGAGCACUGAAGCGCGAGGCUAAACUUCUCAGCUGUUUUGGUCCUGUAGCUACCAUGUUGUAGCAGCAUGAAGCGCAACCGUGCACAUGCGCAGGUACUUUGUGUGACUGUGUGAGAGAAAGGUCUUGCAUCGUGCUCAUCUCAAUGGCCGCGUUCGAGCAGAUCACUUUUGUUAAGUGUCACCGCCUUUCAAAGUGUGUUGCAUCGUGGGGAUAAAAAUUGCCCGACUUGUGCCUACAUGUUGACUGCACGCACUUUACAAAAAUCAUGUGAUCAAAGGUCAUGAAGUUUUGACUGCAGUCGACGCAAAUUUCUGCCCUUCACCAACUUCCUCCUGCAGCCAUUACCUGCAUUGUGUGAGGAUCUAUUGUUAACCUAUCAUUAGGCUGUUUUUGUUUGACCCACGUGAACGUGACCAAAGACAUGAAUGAACAAGAACCAAUUAGCUUGUGAUUUAUGUGUAUAGUAGACAUAGUAUACACAAACAAAUGUGAUAUUUGAGGCUCUGUCUCACUAAUUGAUUUUACAAUGUUUACACACAUUAUAUUAGGAUUUCCGUUUGUGACUGUGUGACAUGGGGGUUAGAAACAUGUUUCUUUCAACAUUAUAAAGAAAACCUUUUAUAGACAAUGGCAACACUGCCAUGUUGAUCUGAGCCUUCCCACUGGGCACAUACUGGUUGAAUCAACGUUGUUUCCACGUCAUUUCAAUGAAAUUACGUUAAACCAACGUGAAAUAGACGUUGAAUUGACGUCUGUGCCCAGUGGGUUGCUGUUGGAAAACCACAUUAGUGUCCGACUUUCAGCUGUCGCAGAUGCACCUCCCCUGACUUCACUCCUCAACUUUUGUCUACAGUCGGUUGGUUUAGCCUUACCACUCAAACGAGCCAAAUAUCUGUGGUGCUGCUCGUGGCAAAGUCAGCUCGCUGAGUCUACCUUUAAAUUAUAAAGUUAAUCUCUAACUCAACAGAUUCAGAAGCUUGAAAACACCCAUUAGAGAAAAAAAAAGCUUGAAAACCCCAUUCAAUUUUUGCCCCCCAAAAAAGUAAAACUGAACAUAAUUCAUGAUGGUUUUUAUUUAUUUUACUUAGUUUUGGAGUCAAAUAUAAUAGUUUCAGUAUAGUUUUAAUUUCAAAUGGGUUUGUUAAUUAUUUUAUUUCAGUUUACAAUUAUAAAAAAAAAUAAAAAAAUCAGUUUUAGUUUACUACAAUAACCUUGGUGUGUGUGUGUGUGUUAGUGUGUGUGUAUGUGUGCGUGUGUGUGUGUGCGGGAGCAUGCAUGUGUGAGUGUGUGCGUAUGUGUGUGUGUGUGCGGGUGCAUGCAUGCGUGCGUAUGUGUCUGUGUGUGUGAGGAGUCAUUAGUUACCUGCAGGCGGAACACCAUCCUCCUGGCUUCCUGCAUCUCCUUUUCCAGCUGCUCCUGGUGACACUCCAGCUGCUCCUCCCAUGAUCUCUCCUCCUCUGGCCCACCAUGCCCCGGGGUCGGACACAGGCCGCAGAGAGACAACACCUCUUCUGGAGGGCACAGACACACAGACAGAUGGACAGCCAGACAAACAGAAGGACAGACAGACAGAGGGAGGGAUGGAAAGACAGAGGGAUGGACGGAUGGAUGGACAGACAGAUAGAUAGACAGACAGACAGAAACAGACCGGGCAUGAUAAAACGUCAUUUUUAUAGCAGAUAAAUCAAAUGAAAACAGAUUUCAGCACGAGCAAAUUGAUGUGCAGUCAACCUGUAUCAGAUUUCCUUUCCGUCAACUCUGAUUUGUCAUCUCCAGGCUCGGCGUGGUCUUCAGAUUGAGCUGAGAUAAAUGCUUCUUUAGGAGUGUCUGUGGACUGAGCGAUGAUGUACUCUUCUUUAGGGGAGUGUGCAGGGCUGGCUGAACUGAGGCUGCAACAGAUGGUGGGAAAAGACAGGAAUAAGGAAUAAGUUUGUUUGCUGCUGAGCCAAAUAUAAAGAAACAGUAAAUAAAUAUUCAUGGAAGACAUUCUUCUUGAAAUUACAUAUACUGUACAUACUGUAAAUGCCAUCUGGACUGAGCAAUAUUUCAACAGAAUGAUACACUGUGAACAUACACUCCCUCUGUAUUUAUUUGUACAGUGAAGCUAAAACUUUUAAUAUGGCUCUAUACCACAGCAUUUUGGAUUUGAGAUCAAAUGUUUCAUAUGCGAUGUUCUGUUUUAAAAUACACUCAAAUAAGAGGCGACAUUCUAUACAGUGGCCUAAUAGUGGCCCAAAAUGCUGGAAUAUAGAGCCAAAUUAAAAGUUUCAGCUUCACUGUCCAAAUAAAUACGGAGGGGGGUGUAAGUUAACACAGAGAUGGAAUUUGUUUGUUCAUUAAUUAAUUAAUUCAACUUAAUUGACACAAACAUAAGUGACUGUCCAAAAUAUUAAGUUUUACUUAAAUUAAAAUGCACUUUACAGGCAACUUCAGACAAAUGGGACACAUUUGAGUCAAACAACUAACUAUUUCCUUUUUCAAACAGUCAGAUAGGGGCGGGAUUUAGAAACAGUUUUUGUAACAACACAUUCUUAGGAUUGUUUUUUCCUCCGGAGACAUCAGUUCAAAACUAACAAUGAUUUCAAUGUCUCUGAGAGGAUGAUUUCCUCUUUCAGCAUGUACUGAGUCUGUUAUGUACUCAGUCUGUUAUGUACUCAGUCUGUAUGUUAUGAUGAUCUUUGUCUGUGCUGAGUACAUUCCCAGCACCCUGAGGUCUGGGCCUCUUGUCAUGUUCCCUCUUGUGUGUUUUUUAGAAAUGGGAUCCAGCCACAUGUGUUCUAUGACCCCAGGCAUUAG